AUGUCGUCAACACGCGCUCAAGCCGAGUCUCAGCCUCACGCGGAGAGAGGGAAGCCAGCUCAGCCAGGCAAGCACACGGCAGCGAAGGAGGAGGAUGACAACGCGGCACCGGUGUGGUGUCUAGCCGAGCUCGAAAGGACGGGCGCCAUGCACCCGGACAGCUACAAGCACGCACCGGCACCGAAGGGCACCAGCAGCCCACACAAGCGCAAGGACAGCACCCAGGACGCGUCCGGCGGCUCCCCUCCAGCCAAAGCUGCGCGUUCCUCCCCCUCCAAUUCCUUGGAUCAAGGGCAAACGCAGGUCCUGCGCUUCCUGCUCUCCCCGCACGCGCUUCCUUACACGGCGCCGGAGGUUGAAGCCUCGCAGCCGUCCGGCGUGCGCACGUACGCGACGGCGCGGCUGACGCCGUUCGAGGAGCUGGUGGCGGCCGUUGUGCUGUCGCGGCCCGUCGCGCACGCGCUCGGGCAGCGGGCCAUCCGCACGCUGCUGAACCCGCCGUACGGCCUCACGACUCCGAGUAAGGCCAGGGCGGCGGCGGGGGAAGGGAGGGUGCUGGAGGCGCUGCGGGAGGCGAGGACGCAGCAUAAGGAGAAGACGGCCGAGGCGAUUGGCAGGCUGGCGGAUGUGGCGGUGGAGAGGUGGGGGGAUGGGGGGUUGGAGGGUGUGAGGGAGGAGGGCGGGUGGGAUUGUGAUGAGGAGAGGAGGGUGUUGAAGGAAGGGGUGAAGGGGUUGGGGGAGACGGGGUUGGAUAUCUUCUGCAGGCGGGUGCAGUGGUUGUGGGAGGAGGUGUAUCCGUUUGUGGAUGGGAGGACGAAGGGAGCGCUGGAGCAGUUGGGAUUGCCUGGGGAGGCGGAAGAGCUGAGACAGGGCUUGGAGAGUAGAUGGGAUGAAUUGGGAGUGAAGGAUAUUGGGUUGAAGGGCGAGGAAGAGAAGAAGAGACGAGCGUUCGUGCUUGUGUUAGAGAGAGCUGUUGGAGCGAGUUUGGAGAAGAAAGUGCAGGAUGUUCUGAGGGAGGCCGUAAAGGAGUAA